GUUUUUAGAUCACCCUACCUUAUUGGGUCCUCUGAUUUCGAAAACUUCACGAUAUCACUACAAAAUGUUGGUCAAACUGCAUACGGUGCGUGUUUGUUGAUAACUGUACUUGAAGCUAACAUACUCCGCCCUCCUCCUGGAUGCACGCUUAACAAAGACAGUAAUAAUUUUUUAUGCAAACCUGAUCAACCUGUUCGCAAUGGUAAAGACUGGAUUAUUCAUCCAGUACAAGUCGAAACAACACUACUAACAAGUGGGAACGACAAACUAACAAUAAGAAGUGAAUUAUUUAGUAACUGCAAUAAUCAAACAGACAAGAAUACAUUUGAAUAUAUUUUUGCUUUAAAAAGUGAUUUUGAGAAUAUAAUUGUCAAGGGUCAAGCAAAUCCAGAAGAAAAUGUUAAUAUGACACGUAGUGACGUGUACGAGGCAGGAAAAAAUAUGGAUCACGUUUACACGAUAAGCAAUAACGGCAAGACAAAUUGGAUUGGUAUCAAAAGCGAGAUCGUUUUGGAUAACGUACCAUAUGUCAAUUACUCAGGAGCACCGAUUACUAUUUCAAAAGAUAAAUCGUCAGGCAUCGAGUGUACCAUGACAAACAGCAAUCGAACAGAGACCGAAAUAAGGGUAUUGUGUGAUAUCGGAGACUUGAAACCAAAACAAAAGGCACACAUCGUUAUUGCAAUCACGAUUCCACCAAACACUCUAGAAUUCAAAGAAGAAAAUGAAAAUGUUACGAUUUCAACAACGCUUAAUUUAAUUCUUAACAAUGAGACAAUAUCUUCAAGUUUACAGACCGUAGUACGAUUCGUGACGGUUGCAGUAGAUCUAUGGAUCAUCAUCGUCUCGUCGGUGGUCGGCUUAAUAAUACUUCUCAUUAUUUCUUAUGCAUUACACAAGGGUGGAUUUCUACGACGAAAAAACAAGGAAAAGCUUAAAGUACUUAAGAGGGAAGUUUAUCGGCAAAGUAUGCGUCGAUCUGCGAUAAGAGAAAGUAUGCGUGCUGCUGCCAACCGAAAAAGUACCGAAGAUUUGCAAGGCAUGUUGACGACUGUCGAAGAAGAAGAAAGCGCUGAUAGUAAAGUCAUAAAUGAACUAAAACAUAAAUUUCAGUAACAUUAUAAUAAACUACUUUUCAGGUGUGCUGAAA